AUGGCAUCACGGUAUGAUAACGUCGCCCACGCGAUUCAUGUUUCCAUGCCAGCUAAUCGACUCUUGGCCAGAUUCCCACACUCUUCACUGCACCAACGUGACCCCCGCGCUUCUUCGUCGCUCUUCGAUUCCUACAGUGGUAGCAGCACCGGCCGCUCACGGCCUGCGAGCAGAUCGCCAGGACGUGUCGGCGGUUAUGGAGGAUACUCGGGAUCUAUCAGCGAUGGGUAUAUGAAUGGCGGGCUGAGUACUGGUAGUACUGGCUAUCGAGCUGCCACGCCGAAUUCCAAAGGUCACUAUUCUGACGCCGUGCUGGAUUCGCUCGAAUCCCAAAACGAUGAAAAUAUCGCCGGGAUAACGGCAAAGGUGCAGAUGCUGAAAGAUCUCACAGUUGCUAUAGGCGACGAGAUCCGGAGCUCGAGCACUCUAGCCGAUUCCCUCAACGAAACUUUUGACACAACCCGUAUACGGCUUCGAGGCACGAUGAAUCGGAUGUUGCGCAUGGCUGAGCGGACAGGCGUCGGCUGGCGCGUGUGGUUGCUCUUCUUCAUUGCCGUCUUUUUCCUUUUUGCCUACGUAUGGCUUUUCUGA